AUGGAAGCGAUUGCAUCUGAGAAGUCAGCAAAGACAGAUCAGAAGCUAGAUGUUGCAUUUGAGCAGGAUGAAGCAGAUGAGAUUUUGAAUAGUGUUGCUGAGAAAAGCGUCGCCGGAGGUGAUGGCAUAUCCAGAUCCAGGAUGAUGGACCAAAGCUUGAUAACAAAAAGUGUAGAGUAUGAGAAGUGCUUGGAAGAAAUGAGGGAGCAGCUGCAGAUUUAUCAGGUGCAGAUGAGUGAGAUGAGACAGAAGUUUGAACAAGUCACCACGGAAAACAGAAGGCUGCAUGCAGAGUUGAAAGAGGCUCUUGAGAUGCAGCUGGAUGCUCUUCCUUUUAUGCCUCUGGGAACUGCUAUUCCUGCAGAUGAAGAAAUACUGAGAAACCUUCAGGAGCAACUACAACUGACUAAUCAAGAAAAGGAACAAGCAAUAGAGCUCUGGCAGACCGUAUCACAGGAGCUUGAUCAACUGCAGCAGCAGUACCAGGAACACAUGACUCAAACACAGAUUCACAUGGCUGAAAGACUAAAACAGCAAGAUCAACUGGCUAACUUUCACCAGCUUACUUCACACCUGCAUGCAGCCAGUGAGAAAACAGAAUUGAGCAAUCAGUUUCUGAAAACUGUGGCAGAACAGAAUGUGGAACUAGAGCAGCUACAGAAACAACUGAGGCAAGCUAAAGUAGAUAGGUGGACAGCAAGUGCUAAGGUUGAUGAAAUGAUCAGAUUGACAAAGACGCUUCAAGGCCAAUUGGAGAGAAAGGAAGAAGAUGUGGUAUCUGCCCAGCAAAGAGAAGCAGCAUCUGAGAAACUCUUGCAACAAAUGCAGUCUAGUAUAAAACAAUUAGAAACAAGAUUACAUGUUACUCUCCAAGAUGCUGAACAAAUGAGAACAGAAAGAACAGCCCUGGAGAAACAAAUCAGAAUGCUUCAGACAAAGUAUGCUAAUUUAGAAAGGGAGAAUUAUGAAGCAGUUGCAAAAGUCCAAGACUGCGUACAGCUGUUAGAAGAAGCUAACCUACAAAAAAGUCAGGCACUGUUUAAGAAGAAACAAAAGGAAGAGGAAAUAAAAAAGCUGAAAGAUGAAAUAUUUCAGCUCACAGAAGAUACUGCUGCAAGAAUUAGAAAGGCAGUAGACUCUGUGAAGAAACAAUACAAUGUACAGAUCUCUCAAUUAACAGAAGAACUUUUAGCUCUUCAUAUGGAAUGUGGUGAAAAGCAGGGUCAAAUAGAACGAGCCAUUAGAGAAAAGCGAGCAGUGGAAGAAGAACUAGAAAAGAUUUGCAGAGAAUAUGGAGGACGUGAAUCUGACGAUAGAAAACUAGAGCAACUGCAUCAGAAAUAUCUACUUGCAGAGACUACAAAAUGUGACCUGCAGCUGAGUCUGCAGACAACACAACAUAAACUGAAACUGCUGGAAAUGAACUUUGAGGAAGAGAAAUCUAAUUACCAGAAAAAUAUCUGUAACUUGCAAAGCAUUCUGGAUUCAGAAAGAGAGAAGAGUGGCUCCAUCGGUGAACAAAGGUUAAAGCUUCAGCAAGAGAAUGAACAAUUGCAAAAAGAAAUUGAAAGCUUGAAAAAACUGGCCUCAGAGGCACAGCAAAAAGCCAAAAUAAAGAUAAGCACUAUGGAGCAUGAGCAUGCUGUGAAAGAACAUGGAUAUGAAGUUCGUCUUAAGGAAAUGGAAGACAUGAGUCAGAAGUCUACUGCUGAACUUAGACAUCUGUUGACAGCUCAGCAAAAAGCAACAAGUAGAUGGAAAGAGGAAACAAAAGUGCUUACUGAAACUACAGAAGCUAGGAUCAAUAAGUUAAAAAGUGAUCUGAGUCGACAAAAACUUCGUAAUCAGGAACUUACUGCUCAGCUGGAAAUGGCAAACAAUAAAGUAAUUGAGGAUGAAAAAUUAAUGACGGAAUGUCAAAAACAUAUCAGUAGGCUUCAAAUGCGACUAAGCCAGGCAGAACAGAGGGCAGCUACAGCAUCACAAAAGGUACAAAACCUUAAGAAAAAGCGCUAUCAGAGUGCGUACAAAAAUCCCAUCGAACAUGAGAAAAGUACUCACUUUGUAUUAUUCCUGAGGCAGAGGUGAUCACAUAUGCGAGCGGCAUUACUAAUCUAAUUUGAACAGCAGUCUUGUGUUUUGAAUGUGUCAUCACCAAACUGAUGCAUAUUUGAUUAAAUGCCACUUUCUGAAAGCACGAUGACCUGACAGCACAGGUUUGUUUAUGAAAACAA